GGAGAGCCCACCUUGUGUGCAGGUAAACCCAGAAUCGGCUCCCCCUCCGCACCGCCCGCCUUCCCACACCAUGACUGACCAGCUGUCUGAGGAGCAGAUCGCCGAAUUCAAGGAGGCUUUCUCGCUGUUCGACAAGGAUGCUGACGGCACCAUCACCACCAAGGAACUGGGCACUGUCAUGCGGUCCCUGGGGCAGAACCCCACCGAGGCGGAGCUCCAGGACAUGAUCAACGAGAUCGAUGCCGACGGCAAUGGCACGGUCGACUUCCCCGAGUUCCUGGGCAUGAUGGCGCGGAAGAUGAAGGACACGGACAGCGAGGAGGAGAUCCGUGAAGCCUUCCGGGUGUUUGACAAGGAUGGCAACGGCUACGUCAGCGCUGCCGAGCUGCGGCAUGUGAUGACCAGGCUGGGGGAGAAGCUGACGGAUGAGGAGGUGGACGAGAUGAUCCGGGAGGCCGAUACGGACGGAGACGGCCAGGUGAACUACGAGGAGUUCGUCCGCAUGCUGGUCUCCAAGUGAGGAUGUGGGGGAGAUGGUGUCCCAAACCCCACUCUCCACCCCCAGCCCCAUUCCUAACAUUGCAGCUUUCUUUGCCUUUACUCUUCUGAGUCACUCUUCUGCGAAAGGGCCUUCUCUGCUGUCCAAGAAUUUGUGUGCGUGAUAACCAUUUCUCUUUAAAACCUGCUACCUGGUUCCUCCUUGAUCUCCCUACCCUGGUGUGCACACACAAAUGCGCGCACACACUCUCUCUCUCUCUCUCUCUCUCUCUCUCUCUCUCUCU